CCUUGAAUCUCAUCUAUAGCUAAGCUUCUAGUGUCAACUAACUGACUCACAGUUGACAAAUUGUAAUUAUUUUCUGUUUACACAUUUGUAUUUAUUUGUAAUUCAUUCAAAUUAAUUUAUUUCAUGAAACAUAAUUCAAUUUUUAACUGUCAGUAUGAGUUUUCAAUGAUUCUAGGGUGGUACAUUUAUUUUGUUCAAUUAAAUUAUUUAGUGAAACAUGGAUUCAAGUUAUUGUGAUUCUCGUGAUCUAGAAAACUUAUCGUUUCCUUUACUUCAUCCUGAAUGGAAAGCCAGUGAAGAGGUUGCAUUAUUGGAAGCUGUUGAGUUGUACAGCUUUGGAAAUUGGGGGGACAUCUCACUUUAUAUACCUGAUAAAACAACGGAAGAGAUUAAGAGACACUUCGUAGAAUGUUACAUUAAAGGUAAUCUUGGUAAAUUGACAUGGGACUCUAUUAAAUCUAAAGUGAAUACUGUGGUAGAUCAUACGUCCAAUGGAAAUAUUGAGGGACCUUUGUCCAACAUUUUAAUCCAAUCUUUACCACCCAUCAAUCAUUUAACUCCGGCUCAACAGCAACAACUGGGAUAUAUGGCAAAUCGAGAUGACUUCGAAAGAGAAUAUGAUAAUGAAGUUGAAUCGCUGGUUGCUGCUCUUACCAUGAACAUCAAAGAUGAAGAUGAUUUGGAUAGAGAUAUGAAUCUAGCGUACAUUGACAUCUACAAUCGUCGUUUAGCAGAAAGAUUAAGGAGAAAAUAUAUUGUUCGUCAAUAUGAAUUAGUUAAUGUUUUUUUCAAACAUUUGGAGGAAGAAAACGAAAAACUAGGCCGGGAAACCAUCAACGAUGAAGCAAAACCUCGAGAAGUCAAAACUAUAGUGAAAGAAGAGCCACCCUCAAGCCCACAGAAUGCUAAAACAUUACUGCACCGGAACAAUAAAAAAGUGCAAUCUUCAGGAGCUACCAUGAAAGAGAAAAAACUCCGUGAAGGCUUAAAAUCAUUUUAUCAAUUUUUAAAUCGUGAACAAUUAGAUGAAUUAGUUACAAAUCUGAUUAAAGAGCGAGAACUCAUCUUACGGGUGAAAGAUCUGAAUCGCCUUCGUCGUACUCGACGGAUCAGCUACACAAAAGCACUGCCAGCUAUUUCAAGUAAAAUGAACAAAGAAGAAAGAAAAGAUAGUAAAAAUUACGAGGUUACCGGAAAAAAUACUGGCUUCGCUCGCAAGGCAGCAUCCCUAGGACAAAAAUUAAACGAAAUUACCGGAGGCGAAGCGAAAAGUUUAAUUAUAAGAUCGGAACCAAAAAUGUCAAAGCAACAAGCAAUCACAUCAAAAGGCUUGCAAGUUUACAUCUUGGACCAUUCAGGUCGAAAAGAAAGAAAAGAAAGUCACCGUCAUAAUCAUGUAAAGAUGAAAAAUACCCUAAACUCGUCAUCACCUGAAAGUGACAAAGCUCUAUUAGAAAAAACAAGUAUUACACUUCGAUCAGGUUGUGAGUUACUUUCAGAAAAAGAAAGAAAACUUUGUACAGUCCUACGCCUCUCACCCCAUCAAUACAUCAAUCUCAAAACCCUUAUUAUAAAAGAGCACCUUAGGGAACGAGAGAAAGGUAAAUAUCGUUCAACAUUGGAGAAUAUUGAUGAAAAUGUUCUACGAAAAUUAACUUCUUUUUUCUACAAGAAUGGAUGGCUACGAUAUGGCCCGUAAUUAUCAACCACAAAACAGUAUAAUAUGUAUUUUUAAAUAAAAUAUAAUCUUUUUUGAACUUUUUUAAUUUGAAA